AUGGCCUCACCUCCUCCAAACACAGCGACACCCAGAGGCCGGGAGGAUGGCCUCACCUCCUCCAAACACAGCGACACCCAGAGGCCGGGAGGAUCGCCUCCCCUCCUCCACACACAGCGACACCCAGAGGCCGGGAGGAUCGCCUCCCCUCCUCCAAACACAGCGACACCCAGAGGCCGGGAGGAUCGCCUCGCCUCCUCCAAACACAGCGACACCCAGAGGCCGGGAGGAUCGCCUCCCCUCCUCCACACACAGCGACACCCAGAGGCCGGGAGGAUCGCCUCCCCUCCUCCAAACACAGCGACACCCAGAGGCCGGGAGGAUCGCCUCCCCUCCUCCAAACACAGCGACACCCAGAGGCCGGGAGGAUCGCCUCCCCUCCUCCACACACAGCGACACCCAGAGGCCGGGAGGAUCGCCUCCCCUCCUCCAAACACAGCGACACCCAGAGGCCGGGAGGAUCGCCUCCCCUCCUCCAAACACAGCGACACCCAGAGGCCGGGAGGAUCGCCUCCCCUCCUCCACACUCAGCGACACCCAGAGGCCGGGAGGAUCGCCUCCCCUCCUCCACACACAGCGACACCCAGAGGCCGGGAGGAUCGCCUCCCCUCCUCCAAACACAGCGACACCCCGAGGCCGGGAGGAUCGCCUCGCCUCCUCCAAACACAGCGACAACCCGAGGCCGGGAGGAUCGCCUCGCCUCCUCCAAACACAGCGACAACCCGAGGCCGGGAGGAUCGCCUCCCCUCCUCCACACACAGCGACACCCAGAGGCCGGGAGGAUCGCCUCCCCUCCUCCACACACAGCGACACCGAGAGGCCGGGAGGAUCGCCUCCCCUCCUCCAAACACAGCGACACCCAGAGGCCGGGAGGAUCGCCUCCCCUCCUCCAAACACAGCGACACCCAGAGGCCGGGAGGAUCGCCUCCCCUCCUCCAAACACAGCGACACCCAGAGGCCGGGAGGAUCGCCUCCCCUCCUCCACACACAGCGACACCCAGAGGCCGGGAGGAUCGCCUCCCCUCCUCCAAACACAGCGACACCCCGAGGCCGGGAGGAUCGCCUCCCCUCCUCCACACACAGCGACACCGAGAGGCCGGGAGGAUCGCCUCGCCUCCUCCAAACACAGCGACACCCAGAGGCCGGGAGGAUCGCCUCCCCUCCUCCAAACACAGCGACAACCCGAGGCAGGGAGGAUCGCCUCCCCUCCUCCACACACAGCGACACCCAGAGGCCGGGAGGAUCGCCUCCCCUCCUCCAACACACAGCGACACCCAGAGGCCGGGAGGAUCGCCUCCCCUCCUCCACACACAGCGACACCGAGAGGCCGGGAGGAUCGCCUCCCCUCCUCCACACACAGCGACACCCAGAGGCCGGGAGGAUCGCCUCCCCUCCUCCAAACACAGCGACACCUAG